UUAUACGAAUGAGCGUUUAUUGGUACUGGGGGAGGAUGCAACACCGAGAGAUUGCAUAGAAGGGUGUUUCCAUCCCUCUGAAAUCCCAAAUCAUUUUCAGUCUACGCUGGUCGGUGCGCGCGGGCGGUCGUGUCGCUUGCGUGGUGUUAUCGCGAUAUCAGACCAAAUUCCAACUCCGUGUUGUUCUUCUAUAGUUGUUUAAAGCAGCGGGGAAGUUACACACACCCGGUGAUCAGCAGUAUUAACCUGUCAAGAGGGAAAAGCGUUUGCUACCAUCAGGAUGGGACAUCUGCGUAUAGCAAGUUACUUGGUUCUAGUACUGAUUUCUGUGACUGUUUGUGCUCAAACUGAAACGGAAGCGCCGACGACCGCAACCACCAAGCCUGCGCCGACCACCACAGUGGUGCCUUCCACGUCCACCAUCGUUUGGGAGGAGACACUGAACGAGGGUCAGGCGAUACAGAAGGCGCUCCAAUAUCUGCUGCAGCACCGCCAGCCUGAUUGGGGCUGGGGAAACGAUACUCAUCAUGUCAUGCUUACUCUGCAGCUAGCAAACAACACUGGCAAGGAAAUAGAACAGCAAGGACUAGAAAUGCAGCUGUCAGCCAAACAAAUGGAAAUUGAAAUAUUGCUUAUGAUAUCCAAGCACCACGAGUCCCCGCCGCCCCUGGGCCGGCUCGCCGCCUACACGCUGGCGCUAGGCGCUCUGUGCAAGGACCCUCGCUCGUUCCACGGGAGGGACUUGGUGACCGCGCUGCUGCACCGCGAGCCGCCCCACGACCUGGAAUUCGCGUACGCGACCCUCGCUGCCUGCUCCUCGGCCGCGCAUGUCCGCCGCCGACAUAUCCGACGGUUGCUGGACAUUGCUAAUGCUGCAGCUGACCAUAGCCUUGACACGAUAUCAAUGGUAAUAUUGGCGCUCCGCUGCGUGGUACAAGACCACCGCCACCGCAGCUUGAUCCACUUCGUGCGUCGUCCAAUGGCCGGCCUCGCGCGUCAGCAGCACCCUGAUGGUAGCUUUGGAAGUCUCACCACCACCGCUCUCGCUAUACAAGCUCUCGAAGAUUCCGACAGUGGACCUGGAGCUCACCAGCAUUGGAGCCUGCCAGCUGCCAGGAAAUGGCUACUGGAGCGACAGAACCCUGACGGAGGCUGGGGAGACGUGGCGAAGACCGCUGCAGCAGUUACAGCGCUGACUCCAGCAUCUUUAGCCGCUGUACGGCCACCGCACUGUAGCGACAAGCUACUUGAUAGUCGCCACGAGCCCUUAGACAGCAACAGCGGCGAUGGCAGCGUGAAGCUGGCAUACCAAUCGGGACAGGCCAGCAACGAGUCGGACGCGCGCAACGUGUCCUUCACGUACACGCUGUGGCUCGGCACCAACGUCACUGAUAACUUCACGCUGCAGAUGGUCGCGCCCAGAAACGUAUCAUUCUACCACGUUAUGCAAAUGGCUGCAGACCAGAAUCCAAAAUUCAAAUUCGAAGCAAGCGAAUGGCCAAACGGUCACUACGUGCACACACUAGCUGGGCAUAAGGAAGAACCAAUGGGCUACCACUACUGGUUGCUGUACCGUCUGCCAGAAAUACCAGACCCCGCCAGCCCGCCUGGUAACCAACUCGUCGCACCAGUCGGUGUCGACGAUCUGUUAGUAGAAGACGGAGAACAUUACCUUUUCUGGUAUAAGAAGCUGUAAACCAAACGGACUGAUCCUCCAGCAACAUCCGUUUGAAUUCCUUUCUUUUCAUUACUAAAAUUAAAAAUUACAAUUUCAAAUAAAAGCUCAGACACUUGCAGAUAUACUGAUGUUGUUAAGUAUGGUCUUAAUUAUAAUAAAAGUCUGCGCAAAUGAAUACCAAUCCUAAGGUAUAGGUUUUAUCUGCCCAAAAUAGGACCUUUACAAUUGAAUCAUAUAACAUAACAGAGACUUUACCGCGGAUCCUAGAGGAUUUUACUUUCAUUUACGCAAUCUCAAAAGUAUUCUCAUAAAUUCUAACCUAUAUCGUCACAGUCGUAGAAUACUGACGGAUCUGACAAAUAUUACAUAUAAAGAUCCGUCAGUAUUCUACGACUAUGACGAUAUGUUGUAAAAUAGUGUCAGCACAGACAGUCAUAAUAUAGGAAAAGAGAGUCGCUAUCACUUACAAUUCGAUUAUAAUUAUCAUUUAUCAGUAAAAUAUAAAAUGAUUAAGUUGGAGUAUGCACAAAUGUGUGUAUGGUGCGUUCCGUUUGCGUACAGUCUAUUUGAAACAGUGUGUGUGAAGUCAACUCGAAAAAGGAUCAGGGCUAAACAGUAUUUAUUUUAAUGUUAUUAAGUAUGCAUGUAUACAAAUAAAAAUGAAUAUUUUAUGUAACUAUACCUUCAUUAAAAUGGUUGCUUAGUCCUUACACAAUUCAUGUUGAAGCUAUACCCCUAAUACUAAUACCCUUAAUAUUGUUUCUCCUUUUUAUUUAAGAGUUUCCUCCUGUUGGGGCAACUAAUUCAUGCAUUCUUUUCCAGCCAGCUCUAUUCCGAACUAUAUAUUUGACCUCCCUAUACGACAUGACAUCUAGUGUUGCCUUUAUCUGUCCUAUGUAGUUAUUUCUCGGUAUUCCCCUUCCUCUUUUCCCCUCUAUUUUUCCUUCUAGUAUGCUCUUUAAAAAAUCGUCAUGUCGUAUAAGGUGGCCUAGUAUUUUACCUCUUCUAUUCUCUAUAAUAUAAUAAUAUUGUUACAACAUGGAAAUGUAAUAAACCAUUGAUUUGAAUUGUAUAAAACUAUUAUUUUUUUUUAUUUUAUUUGUAUUUUCUGUAGUAUUGUACUGAAAUUGUGUUAUAGCUACUUGAAAAUACAGCUGAAAUUUGUAUGAUGAAACA